UUAGCGCGCAGUGCCACUCCUCCCAUCACAACACUACGGAGCGAUCGGAACGCUUCCCGAGCGCAGAGUCCUGUCACUGAACAGACAUGUACGCAGUUCAGCCAGCAAUAAUUCAAUCAAUGAUUUUCUCCUCCGCGACUAACACUUGUUUUUGUUAAGUCCGAUAAGAGGUGCUAUACUUUUACGCCGAGCCGUCUUGAAUCCGUGUUCAGGAAUCAUUCAAUCGUUUGCGCUGGAUCUGUCGUGCAAGAAGAUGUGCGUGGAGAGCGAUGGAUGUGAAAUCGAGGGGUGCAGUAGUUCGGAUGAGGUGCAAACGCUGUCUGGAAGCAUGACUCCGACUCUUAAAUCCAGUCCUGAUAUGCAUCCUUGCAGACCAGGACAGAAAUUUCGUGCCGCAUUUCUUCGAUGCCGGUCUCCGUUUAUUGCUGCUGGGAUUCUGAGUUUUGGAAAUGUGCUCAAUUACAUGGACAGAUAUACCGUAGCAGGUGUACUGCUUGACAUCCAGAAACACUUCGAUGUUAAAGACAGUGGAGCAGGCCUGUUGCAAACAGCCUUCAUCUGCAGUUUCAUGGUGGCGGCACCCAUUUUCGGUUACCUGGGGGACCGUUUUAACCGAAAGGUCAUUUUGAGCUGUGGCAUCUUCUUCUGGUCCUUCGUAACCCUGCUCAGCUCAUUCAUCCCCAAAGAGUAUUACUGGUUGCUGGUGGUGUCCAGAUGUCUGGUGGGUAUCGGAGAAUCAAGCUACUCGUCAAUUUCUCCCACCAUCAUUGGAGACCUGUUCACCAACAACAAAAGGACUGUGAUGCUGUCUGUCUUCUACUUGGCCAUCCCACUGGGAAGUGGUCUCGGAUACAUCCUAGGAUCCAUAGCUAAAGAUGCUGGAGGGGGUUGGUUCUGGGCACUAAGGGUUUCUCCAAUGUUGGGAUUGACUGCCGGAACCCUCAUUCUUAUAUUCGUUCCUGAACCAAAGAGAGGGACUGCUGACCAGCUUGGAGGAGGGAUAAGGAUACGGACUUCCUGGCUCUGUGACAUGAAAGCUCUUGCCAAAAACCGUAGUUACGUCUUCUCAUCGUUGGCUUCGGCCGCGGUGUCAUUUGCCACGGGUGCGUUUGGGAUCUGGAUCCCGCAGUACCUUUUCAGAGCCCAGGUGGUGCAGAAGACCGCGCACAGCUGCACCACUCAGCCAUGUAGCAGCAAAGACAGUCUGAUAUUCGGGGCCAUCACCUGUGUAACUGGUUUGUUGGGAGUGGUGAUCGGCGCUGUGACCACACGACUCUUUCGACAGAAGACCGAGCGUGCCGACCCACUGGUGUGUGCGGUCAGCAUGCUGGGCUCCGCUAUCUUCAUCUGCCUCAUCUUCGUUGUGGCCAAGAAGAGCAUUGUGGGCGCAUACAUCUGCAUUUUCAUUGGAGAGACGCUGCUGUUUUUGAACUGGGCCAUCACUGCGGACAUUUUAAUGUAUGUUGUCAUACCAACUAGAAGAGCCACUGCUGUUGCCUUUCAAGGCUUUACCUCACAUUUACUAGGGGACGCUGGGAGCCCGUACCUCAUUGGCCUGAUAUCAGACUCGCUGCAGAAGAGCUAUACCAUGUCAGAGUUAUGGCAGUUCCUGAGCUUGGGCUAUGCCCUCAUGCUUUGCCCCUUCGUCAUCGUUCUGGGAGGGAUGUUUUUCCUCGCCACUGCCCUGUUCUAUCUCGAUGAUCGUGACAAAGCGGAGCAACAGGGGGACCAACUUUCCCGACCGCCAUCUACAGUAAAGAUCACCAAAUGAGAAGGCUACAAUGAAGUGGGCAAGCGGAGAUGACAAACAGAAGGAAGAAACCUAGCAGCUAACUCACAAAACGCACAUGCAACAUUUUCGAUUAUCACUGCAUCAUCAUCUCUGCUUUAUCCGCUCAUUCGUUGGAGGGCUUUUCGGAUUAAAGACUUUGCUUGCCCCUUGGAAACCUCGAUCGCACCUCGUCUGCUGGCAAGAGUCAAUGCAAUGUAUAAAGGUCAGCCAAUCAGCAGCUGUGCAGCUUUUAAUGAUGUAUAGUAAGAGGGGUAAAUAAAGAGCCACUCGGGUUCUUAAUGGGUAUUUCGAGGGUGAAUUAGCACUCUCUGUGCCAUACUACUGAACACAGCACGGACACACUCGUGUCCGGAACGCUGCCUGUCGAUCUGCACCAAGUGCCAUAGCAUCAUUCCUAAAGGGGACCAGUACCGAUCAUGCUAACAAGUCAACAGGGCUCAACGGUAAACCUAAAUAUGUAAUAUACACUAUGAAACAUAACUACAAACCGAGCCCUGCCUUAAGAACUCCAGCAGAUGCGUAGGUCUGGUCCUCUGUUUCUUUUAUAAAGAGCUUUUUCUUUGCUCAUUAUGUAUUUUUGCUUUCUUCUCAGCACUUACCAUUUAAUGCAGUGCCAUUUAUAUCAUGCACUCACGCAUGACACCUGAGACAAGUGAAAUUAUCGUUUCUAUUCUUCUCUAACUGUGCGUUUAUAAAACCGAAACUGGAGGAACUUGUAAAGACAGCGUAUACUUUAGCUGAAAAGGACACUGGAUUGUAAAUAUUAUCUUUUUCUAAUGAAGAAAACUUGUAAAGCCUUUCAUACUGAGCUCGCAGCAACCGAUCAGAAGUAACCUAGCAGUCCGCCAGGUUAAAUAGGACACAGGCACAUCACACAGUUUGCCCAAGAGAAAAGCAGAAAUACUGAAAGUAUUCGGACAAAGCCAAGGUUAUCGUCGCUUAUCUUGCAACUGUGUUUUUUAGUGCAGAUUUUUUUCCAUAGUGCCGGGUUACACAACCAGCCAGGCCAGAUUCAAAGCUCGGUCUACAAGAAUGAAGUCUUUGUAUGAGGGGUUACCUUUUGGAUUUACGCAUCUUUUUAUUUGAAAAGAAAAGAGGGAAAGAAAGGCUGAUAAUAUGUUUCAGACAUGUUUCAGUCAGCCUGCUACAAUCCAUCCGUUUUCAAAAGAGGGACAUUAAAUUUUAAGAUUAAACAUUUUUAUAACUUUUAGGGGGAGUUUCCUUGACAGGGUUAAAAUUAAUCCAGACUAGUAUAAGUUAAUUUAGGACAUUAAAAAAAAACUAUACUGGUGUGCAUCUUGAGACAAAACAAUGGCACUGAUAUAUGUUAAAAUACGUCAGAUAUUUUUAAAUUAAGGUAGCUCAAACAUGCAUUUUAGUUUGACUAGGAUAAGCCCUGUUCGGGAAACCGCCCCUUAAGAUUUGGCACAAAUCAUUUAAUUUUUUAUUCAGAGAAAUUAGUUUUUAGCUUAAAAUGUGAAUAUUUUGCAUGAAAAGCCUUAGAAACGAAGGGAUACUGCACUGGCGGAAAAUAUAUAUUGCUGUUAAUGGCCUGUGUGGUUUGGCUUCAGAAUAUAGUGCGUAAUAUAUGCAAUUUUAAAAAAACAUAAAAGCUUUGACAGUGGCAAUAAUUUGAAUAUUUUCAUAAGAUUUCAUUAAGAUUUCUCAGUUCACACCGCUGUCACUUUUUUCGCAAACUGGUGUCACGAAGCAAACGUGUGUCUGUGUCUUAAACAAUUCUGUUCUUAAAGGGAAACAGAGGCUUUUUCCCAUCAUAAAAAGCACCUUGCCUGUUGAUCAAAGGGGGAAAAGCUUUAUCAUAAUCUUUUAUUUUUUAUUUUUUGAAGGUCUGACUUAAGUUGUCAGAAUGUUACCGUCCCUAUUCGCCAGUCAUAUCCUCUAAGCUUAAGUCAGGUGAAAAGCCUUUGAAUGUGAUUCUGUCCAAUCCAAUGUGUUUACACAUGCAAAUUGAUCUUAAUGAAGCUUUUGUAUUGUUAUUCUUUUACAGAUGUCUUUUUUCUUUCUUUUUACAAAUAUGAGUUUUAUAUAUAUAUAUAUAAACACUAUAAAGAUAAACUAUAUUAUGCAGCGAUUUUAAUAUAUUGUAAACUGCUUUGAUGCAAUGUAUUUAUUAUGUUUUUGUUAAGUUUAUUCACUACCCGUGCUGAUAAGAUGGUAUAAAGGGAAAAUGUAUGUUAUAGAUAUUAUGUACAGUUUUUUGUUCAAAAAAUGCCCACAAGUCCUCAUCACCAUUGUUCAUCUCAGCGAUCUGUGUGUUUACAGAUCAACACGAGCCAAUUAUUUACACACGCGCACACACAGGCACAGCAUGCCAAAAAAAUGACACGUGUAUGAUUAUUUUUGUUACAAGAAUGAUCUGAUCAUUUACCUGAUUGUUUUUUGUUUUUUUUGCACAAGUAUCUGGGUGUGUAACUGGUGUGCUUAUCAGGGGGUUUGUUUUACUGUCUAAUCCAAUAGUUUGACACUGGCAUCAAGUGCUAGCUUUGAGGGAUUAUUACCCAUUCACUGCCUGGCUACUAGCUUUUAAAAGUUAAAUUACAUGCUGACAAUUAUUAUUAUAUGAUUAUUGCUUAUUUGUUUGAAAGGCAACGCUCACAGUGAUCUGGAGAUGAAUGGCUUAAUAUUUCUAACGCCAAGUUUACCAACAAAAAACAACAAAAAAAGUGUGAGAUCAUUGUCAAUCGUGAUCAAUCGUGAGAGUUGGGUAUUUCAGAAUGCACAUUUUCUUGUCAUACAAGAAUUCUGUAAAAUGUAACCUAUUUCUGAUAUUAAGCAGAAGUUAAAAGGUGAUUUUAUUUUUAGAGCAUAUGUGAUUAUAAAGAAGAAAAGUAUCUAGGACGUUUACUGUGAUGCUCCCACGGGGAUAUAAACCCUAUAUGUAACUGAUCAAAAUAAACUUAUUUAAUCAAAACGCA